AUGAAUGAUCGGCCACAUUUUUAUGAAGCACCAGACUUGAUGGACGAGCACGGUGCACCCAUAGUGUUUGAUGAUGUAUAUUCCGAUUUAUUAUCUGUCGCAGUUGAAGAGAGUGCCAACGACGGAUCGCGGCCCGUCUGUGGGCUAGAAGCCGUGAGACCCGUUGACAAUGAGAUUCACUCAGUUGCUGACGAAGGAACCGAAAGUGAGGGGAGGCACGCUCUCGACGUAUUACUUUAUGAGUACGAGCACAUAAGGAAUGCAAUGAAACGUUGUGUUCGUGCGAGUCACGAGGUGCUUCGAAACUUACAGCAAAAGCGUCAUCGCAUCGAACAGCAGGAACGCACCGUGCGGCGGCGCACAGAGCUCGCAUCGUCGUCAACAUCUUUCCCCAUAUUCAAACUUAACGUGGGUGGAAUGCGAUUUCAUGUACAACGAGAAACGUUUCUUCAGUUUGACGUGACCCUCUUUCACGUGUUGUGUAAUGAACAAUUCGCUGUCCAGAAGGAUGAAUGUGGAUAUGUUUUCUUCGACCGUGACCCAUGGUUAUUCCGUGAACUACUGUUCCUUUUACGAGAGCGGAAGCAAUGCUUAGUGGAAAACGAAGUAGCCUCCCCGCUGGUACCGCCACAAGAUCAACAGGGAGAUAUGCAACAUCACCGGCAUCAGCGGCGGCCACAAGAACUGUAUUCGGUAGGACAACGUAGAUUGGCUGAAUUGCCCCCCAUUGAGCGCCAACGGCUGUUGGAAGAAGCGCGUUACUAUGGUUUAAACGAACUCGUUGCGGAGCUUCUCACCAGGCAGUACGAGUGGCGGCACUGCGUAUUUGGUCCUUUACCUUCCUUAGAUUUAGCGCAUGGAUGCGACCAAGUCCAACCUCCUCUGCUCGCCAGUCCCCGUGAGUUUGAGUCGCAGCGAUUAGAAGAAGGCGGACACACUCCGUUGCCGCCGCCACGAUGCUGCUUUGCCUCUUCUGUCUUCCUGAAUGGGAGUAUUUACUUGUUCGGUGGCUUUGGCUCCGAAGGGGAAGUUAUUGGGACUCUUUAUCGGUUUCAGCUGAAGCCUGGUAGUAUGUGCGAGGCUGGAGCGGAGAUUGAAGGAAAUGAUAGUGGGAGCUGUAGGGAACCGCAUGGUGCCAAUUCGGACGCGAAAGGAAGACAUACAAGAGCCAAUGCGUGUGUUCCUGGACGCCCAUUCAUGUGGUAUGACCUGGUUGAGCCGCAUAGGGAAGGGAGGCGAGGUGUUCCACCACCACGUACCGGUCACGCUGCUGCUUCGUGGGGUAACUGCUUUGUGCUGGUGUUUUACGGUAACAACCUUUACCACCACUUGCGGGAUGUUUGGAUGUACCACACUAUUCAAAAUGCGUGGUAUGAGGUGAAAGUAUGUGGGGCGGAUGUUCCAGCCCGAUCUGGGCAUACCGUAACGGUUAUGCAGGGUCGUUUUUAUCUCUUCGGGGGGAAGGACCUCUUCCAGCGGGAUGCCAGGUGUUUUGCGGAUGUAUACGAAGGGUUGUUUGACGCCGAAGGGAUGGAGCUGACAUGGAGAUUGGCCUCUUCUUCGGGGGAAGUGCAACAGGCGGAUCGGCUGCGGCAACCACUCGCCGCUUGUGAUGAGAACUGUGGAGAGCCGUGCGAUGCUCCCUCUGCGGCGUACCAUAGUGCGGUUGAGCACAAGGGACGCUACAUUAUCGUGUAUGGCGGUUUGCGUGAUUCAGAGGGUAUAACCAAUGGGGAAAACCCGGGCGGCCUUCGUGGAAAUAUGGGUGUAGGGACUGCACCCGCUGCAUAUGACACAAACCUACGCUUGUACGUCUUUGAUACACUUGGAGGCACAUGGCAGCGUGUGCAGACACGUUGUGCCGAAUCUAAGGAUCAAAUGGGUUCAGAUAUUCCUCUCACUGGUCACGUUGCCGUGCUCUGUCAUGAUCAUAUGUACGUAAUGGGGUCGUAUGAUUGCACGCACCACCAGCGUUUGGAAGUGUUUCGGCUUUCGCUGGUGACCCUCUUGUGGUGCCGAGUGCCAACAAGCGUGGCAGUAGGUCACAUUCCUCCUUGUAGCCGUGCCCUGCCAAGCAUUGUGCUACUUCCCCCGACUGUCGAGGCACCACGUUCAGUGAUAAUGGUCUUUGGAGGUUAUAACACUAACACCUGUCAAUACCUCAAUGACUCUUACCUUAUCUCAUUGUGA